AUCAAAGGGAGGACAUCUAUAUAUAAUUGGUAACGAUGUGAGCAAGUAAUUCUCAUUCAAGUUCUAAAGAGAUAUGGGGCUAAGUAGUAGAACAGUUCAGAUUAAGAUCAAGUCAAGCGGUGAUGUUUUUCACGAGUUAUGGAAGACAGACCCCCAUCAAGUUCCCAGCUUGACCCCAACUACCAUCCAAAAUUGUCAAACCCAUGAAGGUGAAGUUGGAACCGUGGGCUCUGUGCUUUUCUGGAACUAUUUUCAUGAUGGAAAAGACCGUGUUUCAAAAACACAAAUCAUGGAAAUCGAUGAGGGCAAAAAGUCAAUCACCUUCAAGCUACUUGAAGAUACGCUUAUGGAAUUUUACGAGAAGGUCACCAAAGACAUAGAGACUCACCAUCUCAAGAAUUAA